CCACUUCGAUCUUCCGUUUUCUGUCUCUCGUCGUUUCAUUGGUUUCCUUUGGGUUUUGGGACCAUAGACGCGAGUCAGACCUGUUUGGUUUCUUCAUUACCUUUUUCUUCAUAACGACAACCGACGUGCCAGCACGAUGGUGUUCAACACGACUCUGACGCCUAGUCUCUACGACGCGAUGUACCCAGCGACAGAUUUCUCGUCGCUGAGCUGGCUUGAACAGCAAUGGGUCUCCUGGUAUGUCACCAUCGGCAACCCAGUCCUUGCUACUGGCUUGAUGAGCUUCCUCCUCCACGAGGUUGUAUACUUUGGACGAUCCAUUCCCUGGAUCAUCAUCGACGCUAUGCCCUACUUCAGAAAAUGGAAACUCCAGCCCAACAAGAUCCCAACACCGAAGGAACAGUGGGAGUGCACCAAGCAGGUGUUGUUCUCUCAUUUCACCAUUGAAUUGCCCUUGAUCUGGUUGUUCCACCCCACCGCUGAGGCUCUCGGAAUGCAAACCCACCAAGUCCCCUUCCCCUCCUUGAAGACCAUGGCACCUCAAGUUUUCCUCUUCUUCGUCUUCGAGGACUUCUUCCACUUCGUUGCUCACCAAGCCCUCCACUACGGCCCUCUCUACAAGCACAUCCACAAGAUCCACCACAAGUACUCUGCGCCAUUCGGUUUGGCCGCUGAGUAUGCCCACCCCGCUGAAGUCUUCAUCCUCGGUGCUGGAACCAUCUUGGGUCCCUUGAUCUACUGUUUCUUCACCCAAAACCUUCACAUUAUCACCGUCUACCUCUGGAUCGUCCUCCGUCUCUUCCAGGCCAUCGAUGCUCACAGUGGCUACGACUUCCCUUGGUCAUUGCACAACAUCCUCCCCUUCUGGUCCGGCGCUGAGCACCACGACUUCCACCACAUGGCCUUCGUCAACAACUACUCCACCUCCUUCCGCUGGUGGGACAGGAUCUUCGGCACUGACGACAAGUACCGCGAGUACCGCGCCAAAGUCAAGGCUGCCAAGAAGGCCAUGAAGAACGCCUCCGCUGACGACGUGAAGAAGCUCGAGCAGAAACUCAUGGACGAAGUCAAGGCUGAGGGCCUUCGUGCUGAAGCUGAAGUCGAAAACUACAAGCUCAAGAUGAAUUAAGAUGGAUAGACCUUGCUUGUUAUGCCCCACACGUAUUGUUAUUACAUAGAUAUAAUUCUUAAUGAAUGGAAUACCCCGUUUGUGAAGCAACAUUCACCGAGGGUCGAACUUGAUGG